UAGUUUGUCAGCAACAGUCACUCAAAAAAAGAAAAAAAAAAGAAAAGACAAAAAAGAGAGGAAAAAAGAAAAGUCUUCGCUCGCUCUCAAUCAACCAAUUCGCGCUCGCUCUCAAUCAACCAAUUCGCUCUCUAAUUCCACUUCAAAAUCACAAAUCUGCGCGUUUCAAGCUCCAACCUUAUCGUUUCGUUAAUUCCUCAAACCAAAACUGCUCUAGAAACGUUUCAUUUUCACCGAGUUCACUCCCAAUUCUACCGCGAAUUAACGACUCCGAAAUAACAUCAGAGAGGAUUAAAGUGGUGUCGAUGCUUGCCUUGGCACUGACUCUUUGUAAUGCUGAUUAUGUGUUUAUGUGAGCGGUGAUUGCACUCUUGUCUCUUGCUCACGGUUGGAGCCGAUCCUUCUCCGGUAUUGUUCAGGUGGGGAUAUGUAAUUCCGCCAAUAGCAGUAGGGACGCGAGUGGAUUAUUAUGGUGGUAAGGUAGUGAUGGGAUGGGGUGUUGCCUAGUGGUCAUUAGGUACAUUUCGUAUGCCGUGGGCGGCGGAUACUUCAUUAUGGGCUCUACUUGCUGCGCGAGCAAUGCUAGGCAUUUUGCUGAUGGCGUGGCUCUUCCUUGUAUGAACAACAUGAUAGCAAGUUUAAAAGACGGUGAAGCUAAAAUGUUGAAGAAAGUGUAUAAACCUGUUCUUUUAGAUGGUUCCCGUUGACAGAACGAGCCAGGGCUGUUGGGAUUGCAAUGGCUAGAUUUCAACUUUGGAAAUGCAGGAGGACUCAAUGCAAUCUCCAAUCCUCUUGUCAAAAGGCAGUAUAUUUGGUCCAUUUGUGAUUUUUGGACUAUCUGGAUUCCUGUGGGUUUUGGUUUGGUUAUCUGCAAUAUCAUGUGCUCCUGACCGAAGUUCCCAGAUUUCAGAGUAUGAAUUGGAGUACAUAUUAAACAAGGAGUGGAAAUCUUUUCCCAUGGAGAAUAAAUCUAAGACAAGAAGAAUAAUCCCUCCUUUCAUGCGCUUGCUCUCUAAGAUGCCAACUUGGUCCUUAAUUGUUGCCAACACCAUACAUAGCUGGGUACUUCACACAUCAUACUUUAAUCUAGAAUCUGUCAUUAUUUUUCCUCUCUUGUGCCGAAUAUGAUGCUUAGAAUGAUUGUACUAUGUGCAAGUCUUUGCUUCCAGUAUCUAGAUUCAGCUCUACCGAGGACGAACACCAUCACCUUCUGGUACUGAUAUUUUGAAAUGGUUUUAAAAAAGUCUGCAGGGAUUUUUGUUAUUCUCUCCUGGAUGCCCAUUUAUUUUAACACAGUAAGGCCAACUUUAUCACUUUAACUGUGGUUCUCUAUUGCAUUGUAUGCACAUAUUUACUAGAGGAAGAUAUGCUAUAGUGAAUGUUGUGAACAGAUAUAUCAUGCUGACCUCAAACAUGCACCAUGGUUUAGUGCUGUUCCAUGGAGGGUGAUGGGAUUCAUGGGAUACUUUGGUGGUACGUGGUCAGAUAUGUUGAUACGCAGUGCUAUAAGUGUCACUUUGAGUUGAAAAAUCAUGCAGGCUCGUGUAAUGAAGGAUGCAAAGGCUAAGAUGCUAGUCAUUUUUCUCUCUGGUUUUGUCUAGUUUUUUCUCUUUCCAUUUCCAGAAGAUCCACGACAUGAUUCUGGUGUUUGACGCGGUACCACUAACUCUGUUAUAUAUAAUGAGUUUGGUCUGAUUUUACUUGUUCAGGAUAGUACUUGAUAACUUCAAAACAUUAAUUUAGCGUGGUAUGUUAACAACUGCUCACUGUUUCCUUGUAGGAAUAUUGAAUACUGCUGGAACAUUAACAGCCAUUGUGGGAACUGUUGGAGCUGGUUUCUUUGUUGAACUAGUGGGUUCUUUCCGUGGAAUCUUGAUGCUCACAUUGCUCUUAUAUUUUCUUGCUGCUCUUUUCUACAACAUCUUCUCCACUGGAGAAUGAGUUUUGAUUAAACUGCUAUUGUACUAGAGUGUAUUGCUACUGUCUUGUAAAAGCUUGGAAGCACAGUUCGCAGUAACAACAUGCUGGUAUUUGAACACCAUGAUCAACACGACAAUAGUCAGGCACGACAUCACUAAAAAGGCAAUGUUUGCAUCCCAUGUGCGUACAUGACAUGCAAAUCAAUGAUUGGUCGCCCUUUUUUUAGUUUCUGAAAGUUUUAAUUCUGAACUAUUGAGCUGGUCACAUGAUUUCGUUCUUGUCAUAUUUAAGCAGUUUAAUUACUCAUUUUAGUUUUGUAAUGCAAGUAUUUUUGCUCUUCAGGCCCCUGAAUGAGUUUGAAACCUCUAUCAAUUGCUACAGAAGAGAUAGAGGAGCUCAGGAAUGUUAAAGAAGGUUUCGCAGUGGGAAUUAUCAUCCCCCUUCUAAAGAGAUAGGCUGUUAGUCUGUUUUUUCUUUUCUUUUCUUGUAUAAAAUCAAAGAAUGUACAGUGGCUAUUUGUGCAACUCCCUCAGUCCCAAGUAUCCAGAGCUUCUGUUUCAGGUGCAUUGGGGUUUUCAACCAACAAAAUGUAAGAUUUUCAGAGGUAUGGUCCAGGUUCAUCCACCUGUAUAACAGCUCCUCCUCCUCAGUUUGCUUAUUCUCCGAAGAAUGUCAUUCUUCAUCUUUCCUCUGGUAGCCUUUUCGUUAUGAUGCCAUAGCAUCCCAUCGCUUCAUUUCUGAUGCACUCGUAAAUGCAACCACCAUAGCCAAGCAAGGAGACAGGGUUGAGAAUUGGAACUACUAAAAGAAACUAAUUUCUUUCUCUAAGAAAGUCCAUGGUGAAGAACACAAUUCCAUGGCUAAGAGCAACUGAGAUGAUGUCUCAAAACACUGAAAAAUAACCAUCUGAUAGCUGGUAUUGCUCAGAAUAAACCCGGAAUGUUGUGAGAUGCAGGUAAGCUGUAAUCCUAUCACGUCAAACUUCUCACAUGUUUUGCCAGAAAAUGUCCUGGCUUCCCAAAUACACUUGGAAAAUAAGAAGCAGAUUCCAUCAUGCUCCCACCCAUGUAACAUUCUUUUACGGAGGGGGAUGAGCUGGGUUUCGGUUGAAGAUAAAAAAAACUAAAAGCCAACAGAGCAGGCCCUGUGAAACUGCCACAAGUGGUCUACAAUCUGGUCAAAGUCCGUAAAAAGGCCAAAAGGGUUUACUUCCCCGCGUUCACGUAUGACCCCCCUGAUUUGUUUUUUUUUGUGCACUACUUCCAGAUUCUAAUCUUCCUGGAGGACAGAUGAGAUCGGUGACUCGGUAUCAUUAAUUGGUUCUGUUGACCCGGCCAUUCAAUUUAAAUUUCUGACUGGGACUGUGGGAGAUUACUGCAAUUAUUUAGGCUUACGAAAAAACUUUAAAUAACAUUUUUGUUUGAAUUGGUCGAUGGAAGAAUACACGAUUAUUCUGGUUUAAACAAAAAUCAACCACUUGAAGCCACAACCCAAUCAUACAAGACGGCCAUAGCUCUGAAAAUGAAGAAAGCAUCAUCUCCCCAUCCCCCUUACACGAACCCAACAAAACAGGUCUCUUAUCUCCAACAUGAACCAAACAUGCGCCCUAGCAAAAAUCGUUCUGUCUUGAGCUAUGUCAAAACUGCAUUCAAAAGAGUGGUUGGAGCCUUUACAGUAUUGCUUCCCAGAAAAAGCAAGGCCGACGACAUUGUAACUGAUGCAGCCAAAAGCAACAAGCAAGUCGGGGGGAUAUCCUUUUCAACUGAUCUUUCAACAGGAAGUAAGAGUUCAUCGAUAUUCAAGUCCUCUAGUACCCGUGGAUCUUCCAGUGCCACAAGUGGAAUGGUUGGGGAAGGUGGUUUCUCCAUUCAAGAGAUUUUUAAGAUGACCGAUAAUUUCUCGCCUGCAAAUAAGAUUGGAGACGGUAGCUUUUCUACCGUAUACAAGGGGAGGCUCAGGGAUGGAUCUUUUGUUGCAGUGAAGCGUGCUAAAAAGAACACACAUGACAAGCGUUUGUUACUGGAGUUCCAGAAUGAAGCAAUUACCCUGUCCAAGAUUGAACAUCUGAAUUUGGUGAGAUUUUAUGGAUACGUGGAGCAAGGAGAUGAGCGAAUCCUUGUGGUUGAACAUGUUGGCAAUGGAAAUCUUCGAGAACAUCUGGAUGGCAAGAAAGGAAGUAUACUUGAAAUUUCUGAACGGCUAGAUAUUGCAAUUGAUGUGGCUCACGCAGUCACUUAUCUUCACACAUAUACAGAUCCUCCAAUAAUCCACAGAGACAUAAAAUCAUCGAAUGUUCUUAUCACAGAGAAACUCCGAGCCAAAGUGGCAGACUUUGGGUUUGCGAGAUUGACCACAGAAGGUUCUGAUGCUACUCACAUUUCUACUCAAGUCAAAGGAUCAACAGGCUACUUGGAUCCUGAAUACUUGAGGACAUAUCAACUCACUGAAAAGAGUGAUGUCUACUCUUUCGGUGUACUUCUUGUUGAACUGAUGACAGGAAGACACCCAAUUGAACAAAAGAGAUCGUUAAAAGAGAGAGUCACCAUAAAAUGGGCAAUGCAGAGUUUAAAAGGAGGAGAUGCCAUUUUUGUCAUGGAUCCAUUACUAAGGAGGACUCCUGGAUCAACCUUGGCAAUGGAGAAGGUGCUUAAAUUAGCACGCCACUGCCUGGCACCUUCAAAACAAUCAAGGCCUUCCAUGAAGGAAUGCAGUGAAGUGCUAUGGGGAAUUCGAAAAGACAUGAGAGCAAGUGGUUCAUCUUCUUCUGCUUUCAUUUCUCAGCAAUCUGCAGACUUUCCUCGGAGAGAAGAAAAAAAGAGUCGAGAAGCAGCAUUUGGUAUUGACGAUGGUGGGGGCUAUAAAUUCAUUUCUGCAUGAAGUGGUAAUUUAUGGGAUUUGUUUGUCGAUUCUCUUCUGUAAAUUUCCCGUGAGGGAAAAAGAGAACCCGAAUCCUACGUAUAGAUGAACCUUUUUUUUCCCCUUGAAAGGAACCGCAAGACCUCUUGUGGGAGAGGGACAUGAGUGUCAGUUAAGCCGUGUUAAGUGGAUGGUCUCUCCACGUCGGAUACCCCAUAGUAAUAUUUAACAGGUUGUAUAGAAUCCAAAUUCUUGAACUGAGUGGUUAUGCCUUUGACACUUGCAAUCUCUUUGGCAUCAGUAACCUCGCUGUAAGCUAAUUUUGUUUAAUUGUUAUUCUAACAGAAGUACUGAAAGACAUCUCAAAUCCUGCCUGCAUUCAUUCUAUUAACAGGGGAUUUGCUCUCUGUCACCCUUCGUGUCUGUCUUUUGCGACAGAAACGCCAUGACAGGUUAACUGGUUCUUAAUUUUGUUCGGUGACUCUGAAUGUGGCUGGUUGCUGCGGAAUUGAAUGACCAAAAGCUUCCAAGUCUGAUGAUAUGGAGAAGAGAACUGGAAUCUUGCAACAGACAUGUAAUCAAAAUCACGAGUGACCAAAGGCUGGCUGAUUUAACCAUUCACGGCUCUUCUCCAUGAAGACCCCUCUCCGAGAAUCCUGUGACCAUAUGACAUGACCCAUCUUCUCGUGUGUGGACCCGACCCGUGGAGAGUGAGGUAAAAAAUACUUUUGAGAUCCGGAUUUCGAGCCAUCUUAGUUGUUCGCGCUCUCACACGAUGCCGCCACAUGUCACGGUCCGAUGACCACCUCCCCUAUCUCCAAUAACGUGCUGUGUCUCCCCACCCUUCACUCACUCCCAUGCUCACCCACUCACCCACUCAUGUGACUUGAGGUUCAAAUAAAGGCAAAAGAAGGAAAGAAACCUUUCUCGUCUCUUCUCCAUCUACGCAGAUUUUUAACCCUUGCCUAAACGUUCACAUUUUGUCCUUUUCCCUUAAAAAAAUCUCAGCCUUUCCGCAUAUUCUCACUUUUCCUCGAUUAGAAUUAGACCCCACUCCUCUCUCUACAAAAUAAAUAUCUCAUCUCCUUGAUUUUUCUCCAACUUGCUUCGCUGAUUGCCAAAAACACUCGCUCUCUCGCUCGCUUUU